AUGGAGUGCAUGAAAGAUCGCUUCCGUAAGGAUGAGUUGCUCGAUGGCCGAUUCAGGACCAUUGCUCCCCUCAAUCACGGCUCCUUUGGCAUGGUCUUUCUGGCUGAGGACACUCGAACCGGAGAAGAGGUAGCUAUCAAAUGCUUGACCAAACCCUCGGUGGCAGCUCACACCAACUCGGUUUCGAGUGCAGAUGAAGGUGCCGAAGAACUUGCCUGCCACGCCAUCUUGAAGUAUCAUGAUCAUCUGGUCAACCUCAUCCAUCACUUCGAGACCAAGGCUCAUACCUAUCUGGUUCUGGAAUACUGCUCUCAGGGAGAUCUCUACGAAGCCAUUCGUCUAGGCCAUGGACCCCUUCAGACUGAACACGUUAGACGUUUCAUGCUGCAGUUGAUCAGCGCCGUCCACCACAUGCACAUUAACGGUCUAUUCCACCGCGACAUCAAGCCUGAGAACAUUUUCCUGACCAAUGACGGAUCCUUGAAGCUCGGCGAUUUCGGACUGGCCACUCGAAGCCUCUGGUCGUACGAGCCCUGUGUGGGAAGCGACCGAUACAUGGCACCGGAGCAGUAUGAUCCUGCUGGUAAUGGCUACUCGCCGGCAAAGGCAGACAUUUGGUCAAUCGGGAUUUGCUUGCUCAACGUCUUGUUCGCUAAGAACCCCUUUGUUACGCCAACCGAGUCGGACGUCCUCUUUGCUGAUUACGUUCGAGACCGCCAGUCCUUGUUCGACAUCUUCCCCGGCAUGUCCCAAGAUACCUUUGAGAUCCUGUCCAUUGCCAUGGCCCUGGACCCUGCCAAACGUGACCUUGGGGCCCUGAAGCAAGCUGUCCUCCGCGCUGUCACUUUCACCACGGAUGACGACUCUUUCGAUGAGUUUUGCGCCGAGGAACGGGAUGUCGUACGAGCCAGCGCCAACCGCGAGCCACUCCGUACCCCGUCACUCCAAAGCCCUCACAUGGAUGGCGAGUCGUUCCCAUGGGCCAAGGCGUUGCACUCAAGCCCCCAGCGAAAGCAGCAACAACUGGCUUCUAUUCCGGACAUGUAUGAAGAGGAUCUUUUCGCUUCCGAGAAAAGCCUCAAGCUUGGUGAGUCCUGGUUUUCCGGUCACAAUAACACGCCUUCCCUGUCAUCGGUCUACGACUCGGCCUACGGCUCCUACAAGUCCAUGGCAAUCAAGCGCCCAUCCCUCCGCCAUCCACCGCAGGCCGACCCUGUACCUAUCCCUCAUUCUCUUCCUUCUCGCCCCUCGCGGCCCAUCCCUACCAUGUCUUCCGUCUUUGGUAAGAAGGAUGAUUUUGUGGCCAAGAGCUGGAGCGACAUGUUCGAGGAGGAUGAAGAGGAAUUGGAGCGUGAAUCCGCCUUGGAUCUGCGUGGCGAUCGGGCUUCCCGUGGCUGGAGCCAUGAAAGCAACAAACGUCACCUCCCCGUUCCUCCUGGAGUUCUCACCGAGUCCAAGAGUCGGUCCUCCAGCAAUGCUUUUCGCAGCCAUACUCCCAAACCAACGUCGCCGACUAAACUUGGUCAUGCUGCGAACGAGAAUGAUCCUUUCGCAGGGCGCGACCGUACACCUCGACAUUCACCGAAGCAGAUGCCAGUGGACAAAUGGGCGGCUCUAGGUAAUCGACGACGCAACCCUCAAGCGGAGACCGGGCCUCAAUCCUGGAGUACCAAGAAACGCUCAUUCACCACGGGUUCGCGCAAGAGGCCAACCAGCAUGAUAGGAUUUGACCAGCAAGCUUCACAACGCCGGGACAGUCGAAGCAAAGCUCGACCGGCAUAUCUCAACCAAGAUUGGCGUUCAGCUAGGGCGAUCGACACGUCAUCGGCAGAUGAGGAUGACCAUGAGUGGGUUGGAGGAUGGCACAACUUCCAUUUGUGA